CCUAGGUAGCAUCCAAUGUGACAAGAGUGAUAUUGCUGAAGUCCCUACGACGACAUAUUCUACCUUGUAUGUUGAUGGUUGAUUGUACACAGUGUGUCAUGGAGUGAGGCCGAUAGUGAUGCGUGCCUACGACGUCUCAAUCUAGUCAGCAGCCUGACCCUGUCGGUCAAGAACCGAACAGUGACACACCACCAUCAUGGUCGGCACCAGGAAUGCCGCCUUCGCCGAGGAGAGCGCCGAGGUGGAAGUCCUCAUUGCGUCUCUAGGAAAGACCAGAGAUCUCACCAAACGAAUAGCCGGAAGCUUGUCUCGACUCGAUGCCAGCGGCAGGAUCGUCAAGGAUGCCAUCGGUCCCAUCUACAACAACACACAACAACUGCAAAUCACAAGCCGAAAUAUCGAAAAGGUCAACGAAGCUAUCGAAAAGCUGAGACAACCACUAGAUGCUCGAGGUCGAGAAGAGAAUAUUAUUCGACAAGGUCCCAAAGCCGCCGGACUUCCACAGUACCUCGGUGCACUCAAGCGCGUCGACAAGGCCUUGACGGACUUGAACUCGUCAAAUCUGAGAUCUAACCAGCAAGCCAUUUCUGAUUUCCACAGUUUGCUGUCAACAGGCGUCAAUCAACUUAACGACCUCUACCGGCAGAUGCUCCAGGAAGAUGCUCAAACCAUCGAGCCUCUCCAAAACAUCACGAAAGAAAUACCCUUCCCAACAAUAACCCAAGACAAAGUUCAGCUCCUCAGCCAGAUAUCCAUGGCCAUCCUUUCAGCCGGGACACAAUCGGCACGACUAGGUCAACAAGAUGACGACGUCGCAGCGCGCAUCUACGCGGAAAUCAGAGGAGACUACCUUCAGAACAGCUUGCAAAAUCUGUCCACAGCGUCUAUCAGCACAUCCAAACGUCGUGCCAACGACUCAUCCAUUUACCGCGAAGGCUCAAGUGGAAUUGGUGCGUACGCAAAAGCAGUCGAGGGCAUGUUCCUCGCCGAAGCCGAAAACACAUCACGAAUCUUCCGCAACGUCAAUGACGCUGGCCGCAUCUUCACCAUGACAUGCGCGAAAGCGCUGGCGACGUUUACCCGAACGCUAGCAGAACUGAACAACUUUAUCAAAUCUCGCAUCUUGACCGAUUGCUUCCUCGCUUAUGAAAUCCUUGACCUCAUUACCCCAUUAAGCUACCGUCUCGACUCGCGGACGGGACAACUACGGCCGCAAAUGGCCGACGCCCUUCGACCAAUCCGCGAGACCGCACGUUCGUCUCUGAGCGAUUUGAUCAUUCAGACGAGAAGGCAAGCCGAAAUUGUCUCGACACUGCCACCUGACGGUAACACCAUCCCACUAGUCUCGCAAACAGCGACACGCCUGCAGAACUUGGCGCUCUUUGACCGCCCCUUACUGGCUCUCCUGUCAUCUAUUGGCGACGGUAACUGGCGGUCUCCUCAGGGCAUGACAUCCCAGUCAAGCCUGAAUCUCGAAUUGACGCCAUCAUCCGAGAAUCCCAAUAUUCUCUCCCACUAUCUUCUCGACAUCGUCGAUACACUCCUAACCACUCUCAACACCAGGUCUCAACCACUGCAUCCAAAGAAAUAUGUCCAGGGUAUAUUCCAACUGAACAACGUUGCAGUGCUGUCCCGUGCUGUCCAAUCCUCGCCCGAUCUAGCGAGGUACAUCGGAAUCAGCCCGCACAACGCUAAAUUCGACACGUACCGUAGAACGGCAUCGUCGCUGUACAUGUCUGCGUGGAGGGAGCCGACUGCGCUGCUCUUCGACAGCAUUCACACCGGAAGUGGAGGAUCACGUCCCAUGUCCGGCCAGGCCAUCGACAGUACGAGUAUCAUCAAGUCCCUAUCGUCCAAGGACAAGGACAAGAUCAAAGAGAAGUUCAGGCUCUUCAAUGCCAGCUUUGACGACUUGGUGGCGCGACACAAGUCGUUACAUAUGGAGAAUGAGGUGAGGAGUUCUUUGAGUCGAGAGAUUCAGGGGACCAUCGAGGCUUUGUAUGGCCGGUUUUGGGAUAGAUACCAUGAAGUCGACAAGGGAAAAGGGAAGGUCGUCAAGUAUUCGAAGGAGGAUUUCUCGAAGUUGUUAGCGGGCUUGUAGGAAGAGCGCGUGGAGGACUUCUGAUGGGUUUGAUAUAAGAAUGCUCCCGCCUUUUCCGAUAACGCGCCAAUGUUG